CCUUUCCUCCCCCAUUAUUUUAGGGUUUAUUUGGAAGAAACAGAGAAGACAUCAGCUGUCGAAUCCGUCUUUCUUCCUCCAAAUCAUUAAGGUUUGAACAGCAAUCUAACUACUUGGCUCAAGUGAUGGGAGAAGUGAAUUUUAUGCAAGAGGAAGAUAUGCAGUUGGAGACUACGCGAGCAAGAUUUGCAAAUGUUGUCAAAAGGCAUGCCCAACUUACGGAGCGUCUCUCCAGUAGGGAUUCUGAUAAGAUGAUAUUUGAGCGUCUACAAAAAGAAUUUGAAGCUGCAAGAGCUUCUCAAACUCAAGAGAUUAACUUGGAUGGUGAACAGUGGAAUGACGGGCUACUAGCUACAAUAAGAGAGCAGGUUCACAUGGAGGCUGACAGAAAGGCAACAUCUGGGGACACAAACAGCAUUCCAACAUCUCAUUUCCAGGAAAGGAUUACUUACAGAAUCGGAAGUAAGGUGAUUUGUUGUCUGGAAGGGACGAGAAUUGGCAUUUUAUAUGAGACAUCUUUUGCAGGGGAGCCUUGUGAGCUGUACCAUUGUGUGCUUGAGAGCAAGUCGUUUCUUGAAAAGAUGACUGUCCUCGAACAUACAAUUCCUUUCUUUCUGCCAAUACGAGAAGUAGAAAAUGAUCUUCUUUCUUCCAAUGCCAUGAGAUUUAUAGAUCAUAUUGGAGAAUUAUUGCAAGCUUAUGUAGACAGACGUGAACAGGUUCGGCUUAUUAAGGAGUUGUAUGGAAAUCAAAUAGGAGAGCUGUAUCAUAGCCUUCCGUACCACAUUAUUGAAUUUGUGCUAGAUGAUUCUGAUUGCAAAGUAACGAUCAGUCUUAGAUAUCCGGAUCUUGUUUCCAUACUUCCAACUCGAGUGAAAGUUCUAGCAUGGCCAAUGCAUCAAUUCAAGAAGAAACAUACAAGCUCAGCUGUUUUGAGCAGGAAGGAAAAUGGAGAAAUGAGUUCCCAACCUAUUCCAUCUCGUUUGUCUUAUGCAGAGGAUGCCUUGAGAACCAUGAGCUUACCCGAAGCAUAUGCAGAGAUUGUGUUGAAUCUACAACAAGCCCUGAAGCAAAUAUCUCAGCUUGGGAGCCCUAGUUAGCUCUUCACUUCAUUGUUCAGAAGUUUAAGCUUUUACAAAGUUACAUGGUUGUAUAGGAUGAAAUAUAUGCUUAUGAAUCAUUGGGGUACUGUUGGUUUCAUCUUUUAUUGUAUAGGAAGAUUCCCCAACUUUAAGCCACUGUUUUUCUCCCCAUUGUGGUUCUUUUCGACAUUUUUACUGCCAAGGAUUUUUUUCUUUUGCAAUUAUACUUGCAUGACCAUUGAAUCUCUAUGGGUAGAGAGGAAUCAGAUGGAAACAAUUGACACAAGCAAAAUGGUUUAAGCUAUAUUUUGGA